AUGGCCCCCGUCCCUCCAACAACGGCCAGGCAGAGCCUCGCUCGCGCCGGUGCCAUCGCAAACCAAGUCUGGAAGAGAGCCGCCGUCGUUGUCCUCCCCGAAGUCGCCCGCGCAACAACCAAGCACGCCCUCGCCCGCCGUGAUCUCACCGUCAACCACACUCAGGCCGUUACCCUGGGCGUCAUCGGCGCCUACGCCGUCAUCAUCGCCAUCCUCUGGAACGUCCCCUUCUUGCGCCAGGUCCUCUGGCCCUUCAAGAUGCUCGUCAUCGCCUUUCACGAAUUCGGUCACGCCAUCACCGCUUGCUGUACCGGCGGCAAGGUCCUCUCCAUCACCCUCGACCCCAACGAGGGCGGCGCCACGCUCAUGAAGGGCGGCAAGCAGGCCAUCACCCUCCCCGCGGGCUAUCUCGGUUCAUCGCUCAUCGGCGGGCUGCUCAUCUUUUGCGGCUUCAACAUCAACGCGUCCAAAGUUGCCUCCAUGGUUCUUGGCGUAUGCUUCUUGUUGACUCUUUGGUGGGGAAAGCGGGACUGGCUUACGGUUCUCACGGUUCUUCUCGCUGUCGGUCUGCUGGUCGCGGCUUGGUUCAUCUCUCACGCUCAAGCUCUCAGAUUCGUCGUGCUCUUCAUUGGAGUCAUGAGUUCACUCUACUCCGUAUGGGAUAUCUGCGACGAUCUCAUCAUGCGCAAGGUCAACAGCUCCGAUGCAAGCGUCUUUGCUCAACGCUACGGCGGAUCUUCUCGCUGCUGGGGUCUCAUCUGGUCAUUCAUUAGCGUCGCAUUCAUGGCCGUCGCCAUUGUCGCAGGUCUUGCCGCUUUCCCUCAAUCCUUUUCCGAGCAGGAGAGUGACUCCAAGAACUUCUUGCCCACGAGAUGA